AUGGCAUCCUCCAAUAUGGCCCUCUUGAUCCCACACUCGUACAACUUGCGCUCGCGCAAUAAGCAACCAUCGGAAAAGGACGACCGUCGCUGUUCUCCCUAUCGGUUUCGACAUCGCACGGGAGUCCCAAACAAAGAGGCAGAAAGGCUCCAGAGGAUCGUUCGCGCUCCCGCUGCGCAAGCUAGGCCAAAAAAAGGAAAGCACGUCAAGAAACCCGACAACCGACAGGAAAGUGGGGACACGACGACUCAGCAGGAUGCUGCGAAGAUCAAAGAGAUUUUAAGGGAUUUGAAGUCGGAACUGGAAUGUCCGAUUUGUCGCAAGCCUGUCCGAAAUCCACACUUGUAA